GAAUAAAUCAUCAGAAAAAAGAGAGAGCUAUAAAAGCAAAGACAGGUUUUUGGUAUCAAGUUUAUUCCAAGUUCUAUAUCACAAAGUUAAGGUUUAAACCCUAACAAUGGGAGACACCGCCGAGGGUGUGUUUGGUUUUAUUGUAAUUGACAGGCACGGGGCUCUCUUUGGAACUCUGAGCCGUACCACCCGUGAGGUCCUUCACAAGUUCUCUGUUGAUCUUCCAGGGAAACACGCUAGAGGAGGAGUGUCUGCUCUUCAGUUUGCCAAGAUCCGUAAGGAGAGGUGUGACCUUUACAUAAGAAAAGCUGCUGAGCUCGUCACACAGUACUACAUCAAUCCUUUAACAGGUCAGCCUAAUGUGGCUGGGCUGAUACUUGCCGGUUCAGCUGAUCUGAAGACUGAGUUGAGACAGUCUCAUAUGUUUGAUCCAAGGCUUGAGGCCAAGAUACUGAAAGUGGUGGAUGUAUCAUAUGGAGGAGAGUCUGGUUUCGACCAAGCUAUCGAGCUGUCAUCUGAAAUACUAGGGGAUGUAGGCUUCAUUCGAGAGAAGGCUUUGGUAAGGAGGUUCCUUGAGGAGAUAAGCCGGAAGACAGGGAGGUACGUCUAUGGCGUGGAUGAUACGUUGAACACUCUGGUCUCGGGGUUGGGUGCUGUUGAGACACUGAUUGUGUGGCAAGAUCUUGAUAUCAACAGAUAUGUGUUGAAUAACAAUGCAACUGGUGAAAACGUGAUAAAGUACUUGGACAGUGAACAAGAAGGUAACGAAGAGAACUUCAUAGAAGGCAACAUUGAAUUAGUUGUGGUGGAGAAUACCCCGUUAGUGGAGUGGCUGGCCAACGAACACGUUCGUUUUGGUUGUGCGCUAGAGUUUGUAACCGACAUGUUUAAUGAAGGUCGUCAGUUUAUUAGAGGUUUUGGAGGCAUCGGAGGGAUCCUCCAUCACAGAAUGAACUGAUGAAACUUCUUUUUCCAAAAAGAUAUGGGAUCUCUUGAACGUUGUUUUUCUUUUAACUUAGCCUUCUUGGCGUUUUGCUACAUAUCUGUUAUAGUUUUCAUUACAAAUGUUUUGUGUCAACUUUUGUCUUGGUGAAUAACUAACACCUUUCCCCUUUCA